AUGCCGCUCACAGACGCACCCUGCAUGGUGGAGUCCAGUCCACCGUGGGGAACAUCAGGGAACGGUUUUGGAUCCCACCGCGCCCGUCAACUGGUGCGAAGCCACAUACAUCGCUGCCUACCUUGCGUACGAUGGCGGGCGGCCACUCCGCAACCGAAGAUGGGAGAUCUGCCGAGGACGCGGGUCACACCAGGUCGACCCUUCCUUCACACCGGCGUGGACCUCGCUGGCCCAAUCUGGCUCAGGACGACGAAGGGCCGCGGUCACAAAGCCCACAAGGGCUUCCUGGUAAUCUUCGUAUUUUCAGCACCCGCGCCGUCCACCUGGAGCGCGGAUCGACAACUUAGGGAGCUCUUCAGGGCGGCGAGCGGCGAAGUCCACGCCCUCGUUGGCCGCCUGGCAGACGAGGGAGUUCGGUGGGUCUUCAACCCGCCGUCGGCUCCCCAUUUCGGCGGCCUGUGGGAGGCGGCUGUCAAGGCCGUCAAACAUCAUCUGCGGCGCACCAUCGGAGAGGCUAAGCUCACCUUCGAGGAGCUGUCCACACUCCUCGCGGAGGUCGAAGCCCUGCCUAAACUCAAGGCCCCUCGGGGCCUUGUCGGAUGA